AUGUUGGUAUCUACACUACGUUGGGGGAGAUGUUGGUAUCGACACUACGUUGGGGGAGAUGUUGGUAUCUACACUAUGUUGGGGGAGAUGUUGGUAUCUACACUAUGUUGGGGGAGAUGUUGGUAUCUACACUAUGUUGGAGGAGAUGUUGGUAUCUACACUAUGUUGGGGGAGAUGUUGGUAUCUACACUAUGUUGGAGGAGAUGUUGGUAUCUACACUACGUUGGGGGAGAUGUUGGUAUCUACACUACAUUGGGGGAGAUGUUGGUAUCUACACUACGUUGGGUAUCUACACUACAUUGGGGGAGAUGUUGGUAUCUACACUAUGUUGGGGGAGAUGUUGGUAUCUACACUAUGUUGGGGGAGAUGUUGGUAUCUACACAACGUUGGGGGAGAUGUUGGUGUCUACACUACGUUGGGGGACAUGCUGGUAUCUACACUAAGUUGGGGGAGAUGUUGGUAUCUACACUACGUUGGGGGAGAUGUUGGUAUCCACACUAUGUUGGGGGAGAUGUUGGUAUCUACACUACGUUGGGGGAGAUGUUGGUAUCUACACUACGUUGGGGGAGAUGUUGGUAUCUACACUACGUUGGGGGAGAUGUUGGUAUCUACACUACGUAGGGGGAGAUGUUGGUAUCUACACUACGUUGGGGGAGAUGUUGGUAUCUACACUACUUUGGGGGAGAUGUUGGUAUCUACACUACAUUGGGUAUCUACCCUACGUUGGGCGAGAUGUUGGUAUCUACACUACGUUGGGGGAGAUGUUGGUAUCUACACUACGUUGGGUAUCUACACUACAUUGGGGGAGAUGUUGGUAUCUACACUACGUUGGGGGAGAUGUUGGUAUCUACACUACAUUGGGGGAGAUGUUGGUAUCUACACUAUGUUGGGGGAGAUGUUGGUAUCUACACUUCGUUGGGGGAGAUGUUGGUAUCUACACUACAUUGGGUAUCUACACUAUUUUGGGGGAGAUGUUGGUAUCUACACUACGUUGGGGGAGAUGUUGGUAUCUACACUACGUUGGGGAAGAUGUUGGUAUCUACACUACGUUGGGGGAGAUGUAUGUCUCUACACUAUGUUGGGGGAGAUGCUGGUAUCUACACUACGUUGGGGGAGAUGUUGGUAUCUACAUUACGUUGGGGGAGAUGUUGGUAUCUACACUACGUUGGGGGAGAUUUUGGUAUCUAUUCUACGUUGGGGGAGAUGCUGGUAACUACACUACGUUGGGGGAGAUGUUGAUAUCUA